AGGAUUAAAACUCUUCCUUCCCUCCUGCUGCCCCACCCAGCCAUAAGCCCCCCCCCCCCCGCCCCCCACUCCUUCCCUGUCUGGGCUCUGCUUGUGCCGGGGAGGCUGCUCAGAACUGAGCUUCCAAGGGUCCCAUUGCACAACCAGGACAGAUGGAGGCUGGAGGCCCCCUUCUCCAAGGAAGGAGGGAGGAAAACUCGCCCACCCACUUUGCUGCCAGGAGUCCCCCGCCCUUUCUGCGCCCUGGCAAGAUAUUCCUCCUCAAAUGGGCACAGCGACCCUCCGGCUGGAUCCUUCGGGGCAGAGAAGAGUCCCUCCGCCUGGGGUCAGCCGGACUCCCCGCAGGAGUUUCCGUCGCUUGGGGGAAAGGCCACCUUUGGGAGCCCCUCCCUGGGGCCCUGGGCCUCCGAAGGCUGCCGGAUUAAAGUGGGUGGGGCUGCCUCAGGGACCCCGGCCGCGCUCAGUGCAGAGGGGAGCUGGCGAACCCCUCGCCCGGCCGCCGCUGCUCUGCCCAGUCCUGCUCCGCUGCCCCCGGAGCAGCCAGCUUUCGCCCUCCCGCCCCGGGACUUGGGCGCCAGUGCUGGGCAGCGUCCCCUCGCCCGUAGUCCGGGCCGGAAGCGGAGCCGUCGGAGGCGCUCCACAGCCCGCCGGUCUUCGCGACUCGAGACCCAGCGGCGCAGGGACGAAAGAGCCGGGAGGGCGGCGGCACGGGCACCUCGCGCGGCCACCUCCGACCCGGGGCUCCCCCGAGCAGCGGCCGGUCCCGCAGGCAGCGCCAGGAGGAGCGGGUCGCCCCCGCAGCCUCCCAGCUGGCAGCCCUCGGGCGGGCGGGCAGCACCGCCCCGCGGGAACCCGCGCUCGGCCCCCGCGGCCACUCGGGGCGGGGGCUCAGCCUGCCAGCAGCGGCGGAGGCGGCUCCGGCUCGGCUGA